AUGGCGAAAUCAGCAUCAACAUUCAAAAAGAGAAGAACCCAGAAGCAGAAUCAGAAUGGCAUGGAAUUUUCAGAGUCGGAGAUGGACGUGGCUGAGCAGCUAAUACAACUGAGCGAAGACUCAAGCGAUGACCAAGACGUAGAGUCGGAGAUGGACGCGGCUGUGCAGCUAAUACAAUUGAGCGGAGACUCAAGCGGUGAACAAGAGGAUACCAACAACAAUAGCGUGGAAGAAGAAAAAGAAGAAGAAGAAGGGAAAGCAGCAGAACAAGGCAACAAAUGCGAUACAGUUGAUGUAUCUUCUACCAAUGGAGAAUUAGUCUUUCUCAACGAUAAAAGCGUGGCAGAAGAAGAAGAAGAAGAAGAUCAGAUUUUAUGGCAAAGGAAAAGGAGGUUUCGAUGUAUAUAUGAUUUGUACAACUCCACCAACCCUAUCACUCUUGUUAAAGCCAGCCAAGAGUAG